AUGGCGGCAAAAAAAAGUAAAAAAGCCACUGAAUCAAUCAAUUCACGCCUUGCACUUGUCAUGAAAAGUGGUAAAUACACUUUAGGAUAUAAAUCUACACUUAAAACUUUACGUCAAGGAAAAGAAUAUUAUGCCAUGCUUUCAAAAACUUCAGUUCAUCAUUAUUCUGGAAGCAACAUUUCUCUUGGUACUGCUUGUGGUAAAUACUUUCGUGUUUGUGUGUUAAGCAUUACUGAUGCUGGUGAUUCUGAUAUACUUGCAACCUCUGGUCAAUAA